AUGUCUUCGUCAGAGUCGUCGUCCGCGCCCUCCCAGCAGCAGCAACAACAACAGCAGCGGGUGCGCAAGCCGCCCUUCGCUGACUGGCCGACGAUAAAGAUCCUCACGCCGCCUCAGGGCCGGUUCUCACCCAAGAUUGACGAAUGGUGCUUCACGUUCUGCUCACAGAGCGUCACGGGCCGCAUCCACAACAAGGAGCCCGAGUGUCGAUCAGUGUGCAUCCGCAAGGUGUUCCCGCACGAAGUGCGCAACGUCCUCUCAUUCAAGCGGCACAGCAACCUCAGCACGGACGGAAAGGCCAAGUACCCACUCCCUGCGGAAGGCCAGUCGACUAACCUGCCCCGGCUGCUUGGCGGGACGCCGAAGGAUGAUUCCGACGACAACCCCAAGGCUUCCGGCGCCCCUCCGACAAAGUACUGGGACGAAGGGUGGUAUCUCUGGACGGGCAAGGGACGAUGGGCAAGCAUGCAGAAGACGGAGAAGAUGAUGUUCGAUCUGGGCAGGCAGCAGCAAUUGGAGGCGACGAGAGAGAGCAGGAGGGAGAUUUGGCAGGAUUACGAAGAACGUCUGAAACAGAACUCUGGGGAAUCGUCGGAGCGACUUCAGCCGGCAGGGCAGUGGUGGGGUCCUAUCAUCCCUCCCAAGACAAUGUCUGACGCUGGCUCACCGUCACUCCUGGUGCCACUACCCCCUGAAUUCCCUUCGCUCACUGAGAAGAUCAACAAACUCCUCGCACCGACACACCACGCCCUUGGUAUACUACAGGAAAGCAUAACGUCUGGAGAACAAAAAGAGUUCGCUCUGCGCGUUUGGGAGAAGGCGCAGACGGAGGAGCCCUUUGUUCUUGCUUCAAGAUCGUUGUCUCGCGCUUGGGAGACCUGGACAAAGCGCGACGUACCUGAAGAAGACGAUGAAAAGAAGGGUCCAACAUAG